AUGGCCAGAUUUUGGGCCAAGUUUGUUGAAGAGAAGCUUUUGAACGCAGCAUGGAUAGCUACGCGUUCACAAGGAGAUGAACAGGAAAAUGCUCUGAAAUCAGCCAUGGAGGUCUUAGAAAAGAUAGAGGGAGAGCUCAGAGGAAAAAAGUUCUUUGGAGGGGAAGCCAUUAGAUAUUUGGACCUUGCUGUAGGAUGGAUUUCUUUCUGGUUGCCUGUUAGGGAGGAAGUUGGGUCCAUGAAAAUUUUAGACCCAUCAAAAUUCCCAAACAUCAAUGCUCUCAUAGCCUCUGCCAAACAUGGUUGA